AUGGUUUCAGAAUAUUACGAAGAUUUUAAAAUUCAAGAGACUUCCAUCAUUCAAAAUUAUGAAAUAAUUGCACCCUUUUAUUUAACAAUUCCUAUCGAUGAUACUCUUGUCGAAUUUUACUCAUAUUUGUAUGAUAGUGAAUUUUCUAUGAAAGCGGA